UCUGUCUGACGGUGGAUAGAAACGAUUGAAACCCAAUUAGAAACAGAGGAGACAUUUUGGGAAAACUGUCAGCGUCCGUGUGUUUCGGCGCCCCGAGGCAACAGAUAUAUGUCAAAAUAAACCUCAGUGGAGGCUCUGAGACUGGAAUAUUCAGGAUGUUCCAGCAGUGUGAGGAGCCUCGUUUCACCAUCGAGCAGAUUGACCUCCUCCAGAGGCUAAGGAGGACGGGGAUCACCCAGGCGGAGGUCCUCCACGCCCUGGACACCUUGGACCACCUGGACCGCCAACAUGGACACAAGCUGACCCACAAACCUUCCUACCUGCCUCCGACGUCUUCCUUGUCUUCUUCCAGCACGGCCGCCGCCUCUUCCUCCAUGAUGUCCACCGCUACUCAGACGACUUUCCCCGACAACCGACUCACACUGUCGCCCAGCAACGCCUUCGACACCACCUCCCCACUGCUUCCGGUGACGGUGGCCUCGCCCGUCGCCAUGGCGGCGGUCGCUCAGAACGGCCUGGUCGGCGUCGCCAACGGGAAGCUGUCACCGCCGCGGUUUCCUCUCGGUGUGGUUAGCGGUGGCGUGGCGGCACCAGGAUACGGGUUUGAGACCAGUGAAGAAGACAUGGAUGUUGAUGACAAGGUGGAGGACUUGAUGAGAAGAGACAGCGCUGUGAUCAAAGAGGAGAUUAAGUCCUUCCUGGCCAACAGGCGGAUCUCCCAGGCUGUGGUGGCUCAGGUUACAGGGAUCAGUCAGAGUCGGAUCUCCCACUGGCUCCUACAGCAGGGAUCGGACCUCAGCGAGCAGAAGAAACGAGCCUUCUUCCGUUGGUACCAGCUGGAGAAGACCAAUCCUGGUGCCACUCUGGCCAUGCGAGCCGCCCCAUUGGCUCUGGAAGACGUGAUGGACUGGCACCAAGCCCCACCCCAAUUUGGCCCCGCCCCAGGAGGUUUCCGCCUACGACGAGGGAGCAGAUUCACCUGGAGGAAGGAGUGUCUGGCUGUUAUGGAGAGCUACUUCAGUGAUAACCAAUACCCCGAUGAAGCAAAGAGAGAGGAGAUUGCCACCGCCUGCAACGCCGUCAUUCAGAAACCAGGAAAGAAGCUGUCUGAUUUGGAGAGGGUCACAUCUCUGAAGGUCUACAACUGGUUUGCCAACCGCCGCAAAGAUAUAAAGAGGCGCGCUAACAUCGAAGCAGCCAUCUUGGAGAGCCACGGUAUCGAGGUUCAAAGUCCAGGCGGUCAGUCCAACAGUGACGAAGUGGAUGGCAACGACUUCCCUGACCAGGGUUGUGAGGUGUCCUUAUUUGACAAAAGGGCUUCAGCCAGGCAGUUUGGUUUCAGUCGAGCUGAUCUGUCUUCUCCAACCCAGGUCCCCACGCUGCUCCCCAGCUGGUUCUCCGCCCUGGGCAGAGGAGGCUUGUCUGGACAGCGGGGCGCUUCUCUGAUCGGCCGCUCCCUGGUGUCGGUGGCAGGUCCUCAGGCUGAAGGUUCCAGAUUGACAAGCGUGUCAUGGUCUCCCCCUUCCCCAUCCCUCCAAGACGAACCCACUAUUCACAGUGCGCUAUCCGAGUCCCAGGAUCCAAUCAGUUUGGAGAAGGCGGCCGAAGGUCACACCAACCCAGCCAAUCAGGUGGACGAGGCAGGGUGCAGUUUGGGGAGCGACAUCAAGACGGAAACCCUGGAAGAUGACUGAAGAAGGGCGGUGGAUAUCGGAGUUGUCAGAUUGAUGAAUGAACAGGAUCAGAGGUGUGUUAAUAUGCAAGCAGAUUUUAUAGGAAUGUAACAAGUGGAAAAGAAAAAAAAAAAAAGACCAAAAGUCGUGUAAACUCCAACCCUGAGAUACCUCCCAACCCUACCUCCAACCACCAACCUGCUCUGCUACGCUCUUAUAGGCAUUACUAGUAUAUUAUAAUAAUGCUAUUAAUAAUAUUGAUGAUAGUUUCAUUUGUUUCCAGUGCUCCCCAGCAGACUGUGCAGAUUUCCUCAGAAACUGCAUUUACACAGCAGGACAACACUGUAUUUGACACGGGGUUCAAAUAGUUUCAGGGUCUUGCACUGUGAUCACAACACAACUGAACAGCCUCAAAGAUAAUACAUGAAUUUAGAAAAUGAUUGUUUAAAAAAAAGAAAAAAAAGAAAGAAUAUGUAGCGCAUUUCAUCACAGCCAAUUAUAUUUCAAAUUUUAUUUUUUGCUGCUGAUUCGCUCCAGCGAGAAGAACAGCAGAAUAAGCUUAGGUUUUUUUUUUUUCCUCUUUUUUUAACAAAAAAUUGAGGCCACAGCACAUCUGUAAUAUACCUGUGACUUUAUCAUGAUUUAAAAAAAAAUGUACAAUAGAGAAAAAACAGACUGAUCCACGUCUCCCUCCCUUCCCUAAUAAAAUAAGCUCAAUAUAUGGAGGCAAAGAAAGGCCAUAAUAACUGAAAAUCAGCUGAAUACUGAAUUGUGAAAUCUAAUCAUCACUUAAUAUUUAAAUAUCACUGACUUUA